UUGAUGGUUUUUUGGAAUGUAAGUGGUGAAAGAGAUCUUUAUGAUGGUCCUUUUUUGGCUUGUUCAAUAAAAGUUUUACAUCAGUGUAAGUGCGGACAGAAUGGAAGAUUUCAAGAAGUAUAUGUAGAAAGCUGUCCUGAUACUAUGAAUGAAAUCAACUUUUAUGACUGUUUACCUUGCCCAGAUGCUUGUUAUAAAUUCUCCAAUUGCUUAACUUGUUCUAAGAAUCAAUGUCAAACAUGCCCACCAGGAAAAGCAGGUGAUUUUUGCGAAUACAUGGCCGAUGAACAAUCUCUUCAUAGAGAAAAUAUAAAUAUUUCUGAAAAUUUAAGUUCCAUGCCUCUAGAAGCUCCUUUAGAACAAAAUUUCGAUGAAAGUAGCAAUUCUAAAACUGAGGGAACAGACAAAGAUCCAUCUUUAUCUGAUCAAGAUUUUAAGAUUUUAAACUAUAAUGAAGAAAGCGUUGACAACUUUAUUUCUAGCUUGCUUAGUAUGGAAAAUUGGUUUCGUCAAAACACUAAUAUUACUUUUGUCGACUUCGAUAACAUUUCAAGUUCAGAUUAUUCUAUUGAAGAUUUGUCUCUUUUAUCAGAUAUUACCAUGUUAAAUGAUUCUAUAAGUUAUGAAGAUGAAAUUCCACUUGAUAAUUUCCAAUUAGGAUCACUCCUUGAUGAGAAUUUAGAACAUCAUCAUUUGUUACAUACCGCAAACGGUAAGAAAGAUUCGAUAAUUUCGCCACCAGAAAAUAAGAAUAUUAAUAUUUCUAAUGACUCUGAAGUAUUCAAUUUAGAAGCCAAUCAUACAAAUUCUUCCAAAAAUAUAAGCUUCUCUUCCGAAAGUUUUAAAAAUAAUACAGAUAAUAUUUUGUACAACCAUUCCGAAUUUCUCAUGGACAGAAAUGAUAUUGUUCCUGAAACAAAUGAAGAGGAAACAGUAAAAAUUAAUAAUCCAACUCAAAAGCUAAAAAGGCCUCGAAUUACGAGUAGAUACGUGGAUCCAAUUAACUUUGAAUUUGAAAAUCCAAGAGGCAAAAAAGAAGAUAAAACUAAUCUAGAUAGUUAUCAAGAUCAAUAUUCAUUGAAAAGUUUUGAUGCCGUUCCGAACGAAUUUUUGUGGCCAAACGAGUAUCAUAAAAAAAUAUCUCCUUUUUUAUCCCAAGCAAACGGUAGUAAAAAGUUAAUGAAUUCCAAAAAAAUAAUAUCACCUUCUUCAAUAGUAAAAAACAAGUCUGAAAAAGAACUAAAUAUACAGAAUGAUAAUAUGUAUAGAAACACGCAAAUCAAUACAUUAACGGAUAAUAAUCAUUCUAAAGCAUCAAAAGAAAGUGAUCCACUAAGUAAUACACAAAAGAGCGUAUCAAUGCAAGAUAGUUCAGUUAAUUAUUCUGGGGACAAUUUAUUUAUCAAAGCACAGAACAAAAAUUCUGAUAGAGAUAAAUAUACCGAAGUACUUUUCUUAAAAAUUGUACCUAAGUAUAAUAUACAGAACAAAAUGCCAGAUAAAGAUAAGCUGUACAGAAAUACACGAGACGACGCUUUGAAGCAAAGUGGAAAACACAAUAAUGCACAAGCUGAAAUAUCGAUGCAAAAUAAAAUAUUUAGUAGAAAACAGAACAAUAAAGAUAAACCUUCAGCACUAUUUAGUCCUAAAACUGUGCCCGGAGAUUUUAUUGAAACUUCAAGUCGAAUGUUUAGGCCUCAAAAUCCAAAAACCAACGGCUAUAAUUUAUACUCUCCACUUUUACCAAAUUUUGUACCAUUUGAUUUAACACAUUGUGAAAUGCAGCCAUUUGAUCCGGUGUGCUUAGAAAUACAAAACUUGAAUGCUCAAUCAUAUAAUAAAAACUUUCCUCGGAUUUCUUACCUCCAGACAGAGUGGAAAAACGACGAAUUUCCAAAUUUUAGACUAAAUAAUCAAUUAAAGUCAAUUUAUUUAACGGAUUCUUUAAAUAGAUUGCAGCCAAACCACCAAAGAAGAUUAAAUUAUUAUCACCGCAGUUUAGAAGACGAAUAUCAACACCGACCUUAUAACUUUCAUUCUUACAACAAUUACGCUUUGCAGAGAAAUUACCCACUCUUUCCUAACCAACAUAAUAUAUUGCAUAAUGAAUACCCUUACGUAGAUUACGAUUACGGUUAUGGUUCAGUAUUGAACGGAAACAAUGGAAAUUACCUAAACUACGAAGAACCUUUCUCUAAUUUCUACUAUAAAGACAGGGGUGUUGACAAUUUAAAAAACAGGCUUAACUUGAAAACGGGCCAAUACCCAGACAAGUAUAAUUUAAUUAGCAGAAGUAACUACAACACCAAGAACAACAUUAAACCAUCCACUAUCAGUGGAAGAUCUACUUUUAAAAAUCAUCGCUAUAAUACUGUUUUGGACAAAAAAAUCAACAGUAGAUAUAGUCAAUACCCAGACAUUGAAUCUUUGAAGAUUAAUGAAGAUAUUCAAAAUAUUUCUAGAAAAACUUCAAAAGUUCAGGAAGAAAAAUAUCAUCCUUUUGCAAGGCUUACAGAAGUUCAUCAACUGAAAAAUAAUUCAAAGUCGAAGAAAAUCCAAAAUGAAACUAUUCUUCCGGAUUCAAAUUCAGCUGUAUUUUCUGUUCAUGCACAUAUUGUGCCCAAGGAGAAUAUCCAAGAAUUAUCAAAUCCUUCCGAGUUUAAGGUUUUUCAAAAUGCUCUACCAACAGAGAUAUAUUCCAAGAUGGUGGACUUAAAUUUUUCAUUGGGAAAUGCAGCAUUGGAUUCGUUGGAUAAUAAAGCAAACAAAACGGGAAAUGUGUCUUUGAGUAUGAAAGGACCUACAAAAAGAAGGAAGCGUCGAGAAUCAGAUGAUAGUUGGUGUCCAAUAUAUCGCCAGUCUUUGCAUGGAAAUGUGGAAUGCCUGAUGUGGACAUACAAAAAAAUUUGCUGGAUCAAAUGCCAUGAAGGAUAUCAAGCAAACGAAACAUCAUUCGUCUGUAUACGAGACAUUAAUCAAUGGUUGCCUCCCAUAAGUCCUUGCUUUGGUAAAGAAGAAAAUUACGACACAGAAGAAGAUAGCCAAAGUGUCGAAGAAUUCUAUGAUGACAGCGAAUAUAAGAUGGAAGACAAUAUGCUGCAAAAUGGAAUCGCACUUCAACCAGGGAAUGAUAUUGAAACCAAUGACGAUCAGUAUGAAUUAGUGUAUUAUACUGAUUACGAGAAUAAUUAAAAUGAAGCUAGAUUGUUGUAUUAUUUCUUAGUCUGUCAUUUUAUACUUCAUGUGAUUAGAUAAAUAAAACAUCUAUUA